GUUUAGUUUGAUCGUUUUCAACCGUGAAUAUAGAUCUCUCGCUGUGCGAGUGUCUUAUUCUGACAACGGCGGUGAUCGGUCCCGCGGAGGGACUAUGACGGUUUUACGGGGCUGCUUCAGAAGUUGAAUCGUACAUCCCAGGAGAGAUGUGGACCUACCUUGCCUUUGUAGCCGUUAUCUACGUUAUAUACGCGUUGAAGAACUACGUCAGAAUCCUCAGAUUUAUCUUCACCCUCGAUGGACCGAAAACAGUGCCCAUUCUUGGCAACGCGAACGCCCUCCUCGAAGGAAAUCUGAUGUACAGGAUGACACACGAGGCACAGAAUUACGGUAGCAUCUUCCGGAUAUGGCUGACGCUUCUGCCGUACGUCGUGCUCGUCGAGCCAGAGGACAUUCAAGUGGUACUUAGCAGCAUGAAGCACACGCGGAAGAUAAUCUUUUACAAGAUGCUCGAUAAUUUUCUGGGAAAAGGUCUGGUUACGCGAGACGUCGACAAAUGGAAAGUGCAUCGGAAAAUCUUGCAACCGGCCUUCCAUCGCUACGUGCUCGAGAAAUUCGUCGGAACGUUCAGCGAGUAUGCCGAUCGCCUGGUCGACAAGUUACUCCAGAAGGACGGGGAGGAUAUAAAUGUCACCGUAUUUGUCAACAAUUCGGUCUACGAUAUACUGAAGGAGACAGUACUGGGCAUAUCAUCGAGCCAGAGAAUCAACGACGGUGAGGACGACACGCCAUUCAGAAAGGGCCAACUUAUGAUACCAUACAGAUUUGCGCGACCGUGGUUGCUAAUCAGCUGGAUUUACCGAUUGACAGCAGCUGGGAAAUCGGAGGAGCAACAGCAGAAGGAUCUGUUCGAUUUUUGCUUGAAAAAAGUGAAGGAGAAACGCGAAUUUCUGCAAAACGGCUCUCUUAUCGCCGAUCACAGCGCGACUAGAAAAAUGUCUCUACUUGAGUACAUGGUCGAGAUCAACGAGAGGAAUCCCGAAUUCACCGAUCGGGACAUCAUCGAGGAGUGUUGCACUUUUAUGCUGGCCGGCCAGGACUCGGUCGGCACCGCCACCGCGAUGACGCUGUUUCUUCUGGCGAAUAAUCCCAAAUGGCAGGAGAGAUGCGUCGAGGAAUUGGAUGAGAUUUUCAGCGAUGACAGAAGAUCGCCAACUAUGGAAGAUCUUAAGAAGAUGAAAUAUCUGGACAUGUGUAUCAAGGAAUCCAUGAGGUUGUAUCCUAGCGUACCAAUUCUCGGCAGAACACUCGGAGAGGACGUCAGACUAGGGAAACACGUAAUACCGGCCGGUUGUGGCGUAUUUAUAGCGCCGUACUGCACGCACCGCUUGCCCCAUCAUUUUCCUGAUCCUCAUGAUUUCAAACCGGAGCGUUUCAGCCCAGAAAAUUCCAAGGGAAGACAUCCGUAUGCCUACAUACCAUUUAGCGCCGGACCUCGCAACUGCAUCGGAUACAAAUUCGCCACGCUCGAGAUAAAAUCGGUCAUCAGUGCUAUUCUGAGGAAAUGCCAAUUAGAGCCGAUCCUCGGCAAGGAGAAAGUGAUAGCCAAAUUUCGAAUGACGGUGAGAGCGCAAGGUGGCCUCUGGGUCAAAGUGAGAGCGCGCAACAGCACGAAUUGAAGCAAAUUGGAUGAAUGAAACAUCCCUGUGCCCCUUUUGCGAACUACAAAUAGCGAUUAUAAUAACAAUAAUAUAAUAAUGACAUCUCGAAAAUUAGUAAUAAUUUAACAGAAUGCUAUAACUAUGUGUGACUUAUGUAAAUUCAGCGUUGAAGAAAAGUGAAAUUUGUCAAUGCAACUUCUAACUAGGAAUAGAAGUACAUUUGACAGUACAAAUUAAAUUAUUCUUAAGAUAUCGCAAUUUCUUUGUGUAACGUUUAAACAAAAUGGUGCUAAAAUUUAAAAAAUGCAAAAUCUUUCAAGAA